CACACACAGGCAGGAAAGAGGAGAAAGCCAGAGAGGAGAACCGCAGCUGCAUGAUGGGGAUAUUCUGCCUGCGUGGGCUCUGUCGCUGAGCUGCCCGGAGUUCAGCCACAGUAUGUGUGUGUGUGAGUGACUGGGUGUGUGUGUGUGUGUGUGUGAGUUUAUGUGUAUGCAUGUUUGAGUGAGUGAGUGAGAGUCUCUUGCAGACACCGUGUGGAGAAAGGGGAGCAGAGGAGAGCGGGCGUAGAGGAGGGAAAGAGAGGGGGAGUGUUGACUGUUACUGGGGCUUAAAGGAACGUCACACCACUGGAUCAGAGGACGCCAAUGUGCAACAACUACUCCAACUACUGCUGCUGCUGCUCUGCCUGUGUGCCGCCACUUGUCUGUCCUCUUAACUUCUACUAUGGCAUAGCCACCUCUUCCAGCUCGCCUCUAAUCCGUUAAGGAAACGGGCAUGAAUGGGCACAGGCUGGGAUCGUGGCUAUUGCAUCCUUAACAUCAGUAAUUCACAGUCUGAGGAAACAUGGUGAGCAAGGAGGGUGGCAAAUGUAUGCUCACCAACUCAGAGUCUGACUCGGAGGCAGCACCGGUGCCCUCCACCUCGCUGGCACUUGAGGUGAAGUAUUCCCUGGAAGCCAGCCGACAGGUGAGGAAGAGGAACAAGGCCCUGCAAGUGCGUUUCAAGGAUAUAUGCGAGGCACAGAACGAGCAGAGGGAGGCGGAGCUGCAGGCAGCAGGGAAAGGUGGAAAGCCGAUCUCAUACAAAGUGGCAUACCGCAAGUACAUGACUGUCCCUGCCCGCAGAUCCAUCCCAAACGUCACGAGGAGCACAGGUGUGCAGACGUCCCCUGACCUCAAGAAACGCUAUCAGACCUUUCCGUUUGAGCGUAAAAAAGGCCACACCUAUAAAGACGUGGCGGCGGUGGAAACUUAUAAAGGUCAGAAUAACGGUUUUGUCAUGGAGGUAAAGCAGACCAAGGCUGUUGGGCAGGGUUUAGAUGAGGAGGAGGAGGAGGAGGGAGCUUGCGGGGGGAGUGGAGUCCGGAGGACCAGGGCUCUGCUCCAUACUAAUGAGUGCAUUGCCACAGUGGAGCAGCACACUGCACCUGAUGGCCUGUGCUCUGAUGCUAUGCUGCUCAGUUGCUCUGCAGACACAGACUGCCUUGCAGACACAUCGAGAGGAAGUGGAGCCAGAGCACAGGCAGAGUACCAGCUCUGCAGUGUCCCAUCGACAGCCAGGACAGGAUUACAACACAGGGAGGCUGAUAGAGACCGCUCUGCCAAGAGGCAACUGCUGAAUCUGGAGGAGGGCUCGUCCCAAACCCUGCCGGACAGGGCCUCCAAGGUUACGGGCCCUAUCGCCUGGAACUCCCUUACACAGGUGGAGUGCCUGGACAGUCCGUCUGUGCGGAGCAAACGGAAGAAAGGCCUGCAGCUUAACGGGCUGCAGAGUGAGACGCUCCCACGUUCCAGUGGAGGCUGUACAACACAGGCACAGUGCCACACAGGACAGUUGUCUGCUCGGCCUCUGAGGGGCAUGGAUGAGCCUCUGUCACCCUGCGGAAGUGGUGAACCUGGUGGGGCCCAACCCGACCAAACACAGGAGACCUGUAAGCAAAUAGUGCCUAUGAACCAGGACAGGGAUGUUAAAGCACAGCUCCAGGCCAUGGAAAAUCUCAUCAACUCCAGCCAAGAGACCAUCAAGGUGCUUCUCGGAGUCAUCCAGGAAUUGGAGAAGGGGGAGGCCCACAGAGAGGGACUCUCCUAUCGAACUGGACAGGACACGGCCAACUGUGACACAUGCCGGAACAGCGCAUGCAUUAUUUACAGUGUGGAGCUGGACUUCAAACAGCAGGAGGACAAACUGCAGCCACUGAUGAAGAGGCUCUGCCCGACCGAGGAUGUCCAUUUCGCCUCCCUGCCUUACCCCCAGGAGGCCUUCACCUCCACUCCGAAGCGAAAGUCCAAAGCUGACUCCAAGAAGCAUGCUCGCUGGAAACUUUGGUUCCUGUGAAAAUAUAGGACCGUCUAUUCCCCUGCUACCAAUCCACAGGAUUAAGUCAUCUAUCUGGUUUCCCAUAUUUGUUUGAUUUAUCUUCUGUCUCCUCUUUUAUCACACGUCCUUGGCUUUUUUUUGUAGACCUAUUAACAAGUAUAAACAGAAAGCUCCACUGCUACAUGAAGCCGUUCUCAAUGACGACAGGAUGUGUAACUGGGUGCAAGUGUGGAUUCUCAUGCUAACCAAAAAUGGAUUCAGAGUUAUUUUGAACUAAUUUCUUUAAACAGGCUGUGAAAUUACACCAGAGCAACAUAUUUAGAGAUCAGCACGAUGAGAAGUGCAUCUGAUAUCCAUCUGUCUAUUUGCAUAUAUUUUUCUAGCCGACGUCCACGGGGUCUUCUUCUACACUAUUGGUUCAGAGACUGUCACGUUUCUAUUCAUCCGUUGGGACUUUUUUGUCUUUCUUCCCAGCCUCCAGGAGAGGCUGCGAGUCCCAACAGUUCAACCACAACAGUCUGGGAAUCUACAACAACAGCAUAAGCACAAUGAACACUGUUCAGGAUACAUUUUUCUCCAGAAUAAUUGAAAAGAACUAUUUUGAGUAUUUACUCAUAGAUCAUCAGUGACAGACUUUCAUAACGUCUAAAGAAGAGACCUAUAGGACAAAGAACCCAGAGCGUUUAUUGGAGUAUGAAGAUCAACUUUCUAUCCAUCGCUAAGGAGUCUCCUCAAUGACUUUGAAGUAAAGAAUGAAUAAAUAAGACUUAUUUUCUUAAUAACAUUUGCAAAGUUAAACGUCAAUGUACUUUUUUUCUAUAUAAAUAUAUAUCUAAACACACACUCACUUUAAGGUUAAGUGAAAUAUAUUUAUUUGAGCUGAGGUGAUGGGGAUUGUGCAUUUCAAAAACUACAGUGCAUAGAAGGUACAUCAUUGAAUUUUGAGUUUUCUUAUUUUCCUUAUUAACUUCACAGAGCAUAUGGUCACUAAAACCCACUUCCCCUACAAGAAAAGAGGGAAUCCAUAUAUCUAAACGUCAUGGCAUCAGUGCACAGAAAUAACUUUAUCUAUCUCUCGAUUGGUUCUCAGCACACGGAAAGAGUAAAUGAUUGCUGUGAUUGCGUUAGUGCAGUAUCCUGCAUCAGCUACGAUGAUAGCUUCUGACAUCAAGCCAGAAAGAGUGAAUGCGUCACUUAACACAACCAGGGCUACUAAAGUGCAGGGCGGCGGGCAUGUAGCCUUGCAUUUUUUUUUUAUAACCAUCAGAGAUUUUGCAGGAUAUUUUCUAGCUUUUCAAAAAAAGGUUUUUUAUUUUCUUUUGUCCCCUCUUCUCUUUAUUAUUAUUAUUAUUAUUACAAUAUUAUUACAGUGUACUGCUAACUGCUUCCCAUCUAUUUGACUGUAAAGUAAAGAAAUCGCGUAGUAACGUCAUACAGGGUUAAUGCCAUUCACAGUAACAAAUAAAUAUACACGGUGUAGAAUAUAAUAGGGCUAAAAACAAUUUUAGUGAGUGAGAGAACAGCCAAUAUCUGACAGACAACAACAUCAAGUUAAGUGUGCCUGAGGAAAAUAAAACCGAAGUCACUCUUCAAGCCAAGAACACUGCCCCAAAAGAAAGGAACUUUGCCAAAGUGGUUUCAAGGGCAUAAAAAAAGACAUCUUUAUCUACUGUCACAACAAUACCUAAACUACUGAUAUCACUAGUUUGACCUUCACAAACUCCAACAUGCUGCUUUCUGUUGGCUUCAUGUAAUUCAUACUCCACUCCACUCCACUCCUGUACCUGCCAGGUCAGUUUCUUUCAGUAGUUACACUGUAGCAUCAAGAGAGACGUAGAUGUUUAUCUGUACCUUAAAGAAGUGCAAUUGAUUUAUGAUGUGCAAUACUGUGUAUUUUAUACUGGGGUUUUUUUUAACAAAAAAUAAAUAAAUAAAGAGAUU